AUGAGCGGCGGAGGGACAGAGACCACCGUGGAUUGUGAGGCCUCCAGGAGCAGUGGCAACAAGAGGGCCUCUCUGGGAACCGCCAGCUCGCCAGCUCACCUCAUUAUCAAGGGUCUUGGAGAAAUUUAUUCAAAGCUGUUAGAUCCCAGACCAAUUAUUCAAGACAUAACUCAUUAUUUUGUGAAAGAAUUUGAAGAAAAACAUAAUUGCAAGCAGCUACUGACUUUGUCUGCAGACUCCAACUGA